AUGGCCGCCCAAAAGCGCACCCCGAUCACCAUCCUCACCGGAUUUGUAGGCGCCGGAAAGACAACUAUAAUUCUCAACCUGCUUCCCCAACUACGGCGUCUCACCCCAGGCUACAAGCUCGCCCUUGUGAAGAACGAGAUAGGCGACCUAAACGUCGACACUCAGCUCGCCGCUGCAGCCGAGAUGGCGGAGAGCCAGCUCGAGGAUGCCUUGGAGUCGUUGCGGCAGAGCUGCAAUCCUGAUCGUGUCAUAAUUGAAACUUCCGGAUCAGCCGAACCACUGAAGUUGGUGCUGGAAGUCAAUCGGAUCGGCAAGGCGACAGGACGAUGGGAGCUCGACGGCGUCAUAAGUGUUGUCGACGCCGAGAACUGGACGGGAUAUGCCAGUACGAGCUUCACGGCGAAGUUGCAGGCGAGCCAGACUGACCUCAUCUUGAUCAACAAAUGGGAGGAGAUGGGGGAGAGGGAGUACGAUAUCUUCCUCGACCGGCUGGGAGACCUGGAUGUGCAGACACCGCAAACCAAGAGUGAUCGCGGCUGGGUGGCGGUGGACCUCCUUUUCGGCCUGGACAACAAGAUGGUGAAGGGUUGGGCCGUGGAUGGGGCUGGAGGCGAGUGUGCGGAGUGUGGCCAUGGACAUGCGCAUGGCGGGAAGCAUGAGCAUGGAGAAAAGCACAAUUCCGAGAUCGAAUGUAUCUCUGUCACUCUCACUUCACCAGUCGAUGGGGCGGGAGUGGACUUGAAGAAGCUUGACGGAUUGUUGAAGUUGGCCCCCAAAGAUGAAGUAUUUCGAAUAAAAGCAGUGCUGUACUCGAACGAACAGCCGGAGCCUUCCAACGGAGCGGAGGCCAUCAAAACCGAGGGUCGAAAACGGUACAUCCUCAACUGGUCCUUCGGCCGAUGGACCUGGAGUACCGACGAAGUGUCCGAGUCCGAAGUGGUACCUUUGCGAAUGUCGGUCUUUACGGCGCGGUACGAAUCUACCAAAUGGACAAAGCGCAUCCAGACUGGAGACUUCAUCGCUUUGGCUGCUCAGUCUGACCAGGCGGAGGGCCGGCUUGAGGUCAAGCGUGUGCAGUAA